AUGCGUGCGCUCCGAUACUACGGUAUUGGGGAUAUCCGCUUGGAUGAUAUCCCCGACCCGGAUUGUCGGCCAGGCUGUGUCAAGCUCAAACCAGAAUAUGUUGGCAUUUGCGGCAGCGACAUCCAUCUUUACUUCGAUGAAGCCGUAGCUACAAAGACCGACUUUAUGCACCCACUGGCCAAGGAGAAGAUGCCCAUCGUCUUCGGCCACGAGUUCGGCGGGGUGGUGACGGAGAUUGGGGAAGGCGUUACGCGCGCGCGCGUUGGCGACCUCGUGGCCAUCCGCCCGUCAUUGUACGACGGGACCUGCGAUGCCUGCGUCGCGGGGCACACCAAUGUGUGCCAGUACUGGGGUUGGUUGGGAAUCCACGCCAAUGGGGGGUUGGCGGAGUCGGCCGUCGUCGAGGAGAAGACGGUGUUCCGCCUCCCCCAGGGGACGAGCCCUCAGGUCUCGGCCUUGGUCGAGCCCCUUGCCGUAGGCUGGCAUGCGACACGCCUUGUGCGAGACUUGACCCCCACGUCGACAGCGCUCAUAACGGGCGGGGGCCCAAUCGGCUGUGCCGUGUACUUCGCCCUCCGCGCCCAGGGCCUGACGAAAAUCGUGGUCAGUGAGGUCUCGAAGGCGCGGCGUGAUCUGCUGGCGGUGCUCGGCGCCGAGCACGUCCUCUCCCCCGCCGACAUGGAUGUUGCAGCCACGGUCCGGGAGCUAUCCGGGGCAGGUGGCGCCCAUGCGGUCUUCGAUUGCGCCGGGCUCCCAGUCACCCUUAGCACGGCCCUAGAGGCACUACAGCCGCGAGGUACUAUUGUCAACGUCGCCAUCCGUGCCGAGCCCGUGCCGCAGGUGGACCUCAACCUUUAUCUGUACAAAGAGGCGACCCUGGUGAGCUCGAUCGCCUACCAGGACAAGGACUGGGAGGAGGUUAUCGAGGCCCUUAGACAUGGGAAGAUAAAGCCGGAGGCAAUGGUUACUAGCAAGAUUCAGCUGCAAGAUUUGGUUGAGAAGGGAAUUAAGGUUUUGGCUAAGCCCGGACAGCAACAUUCCCAACACGAUGACAAGGCCCUGCUCGAUACCCGGAACAAGGAAUAUAACGCCACCAAACACCGGGGCAUUUUCGGUGAUCUCAUCGGAGACCAUUUCGGCGGCUCGGCCUACGAGACUGUGCCCCUGCCGGUGCCAGAAGUCAACGGCUGGGUCGGCAUGCAUGGCAGAGUGAGGCAUGAGUUCCCAGACCUGGGCCGUGGUGACUUCAGAAUCCCCGCCGUGCGUGUCCGCGAGACCGCGGGAUAG